AUGAAGGCAUGCGUUAGAUUCCUGUGGCUGGCCAUGGCUGCAGGCGCCUGUGCAGCCGCAAGGCUGCCCAGCGCUGCCACCAGCAGCCCUGGCAGUGACCAGGGCUCUUCCCCGACUGCUGCCCAGCUGGCUGAGGCUGUGCUGGACCCCAGCAUCCCCCCGGAGCAAGCCAUAGACGCUGUGCUGUCGGCUGGUCGCGUUGUGGAAGUAAACAGCUCCCUGGAUCUGUGGCAAGCGCUGCAGGAGCAGCAGGAAGGCGUGCUGAGCGUGGUGCUGCAGGGGGACGUUGCGCUGGAUGACCCAGCGUGGGAGCAGCCCACCUUCAUCAAGCCAGGCAUGGCCGUGAUCCUCAAGUCGGAGCUGGACACGGACUCUAUGGACGUGCGGCGCAGCGCCGACGCCAUCCAGCAGGCGGGGGCUGCGACGCUGGACCUGGCGCAGCGGGAGGAGGCCAUCAUUGUGGAGCCAGGCGGCCUGCUGGGCCUGGAGGGCCUGCUGCUGCGCAACAACGCGCCGACAGGCGCCUGGCUGGCCAAGCGGCCCGACCAGCCUCGCGGCAUCGGCUUUAAUCCCGCCAUCAUCUGCCAGCCCGAAGGCCUGAAUGUGCACAGGAGGAUGUACACAGAGUUCUGGCAGGCCGACUGCUCCUCGGACAACAUCGAUGGCAUCCUGUUCCGAGUGGGCCUGCUGGUGGGCAACGCCAGCGAGGUGACCAGGCUCAACGCCACCACCUACAGCUUCUCCGGGCCGCGCAGGUUCGACAUCAACCUCGACAACAUUUUCACCUGCCGAGUGGACCCGACAGCCACGCUCCAGGCGACCGCGUCAGCCACGGAAAGCCAGGCCGACAGCAGUGAGGGAGGCGGCGGCACGCCCGGCUGGGUGUGGGCGCUUGUGGCAGUGGCUGCUUCGGCCGCUGUGGCGGUCAUGGGGGCCGUCGCCGUGCUGCUGCGCCGCCGCAGGCGGCAGCGGAGGGCACAGGCUCAGCCUGGAGAAGCAGAUAGCAGCCUGACCCCCGCCGAGUCGCCCGCUGGGCCACCCGGGCAGCUGAGCCUGAUCAGGACCUCUUCUCCUGAAGACAAAGACCUGGAGAAGGCCAUCACGCCAGCGUUGGAGUGCGAGCUGUCCGGGACCCUGCAGCAGCUGCGAGGCACCUGGAGCAGCCGCAUUGGCGAGGUGCAGGGCCUGCAGCUGCUGGAGCCCAUUGGCCGCGGGGGCUUUGCCACCGUGUGGAAAGCGCGCUGGCGCGGCUUCCUGGUGUCUGCCAAGGUCAUCGAGCAUGGCCUGUCUGGCGGCAUCCUGGCCUCCAUCCACCGCGAGGCCUCCGUGUCCACCAGCGUCUCGCACCCCAACGUAGCGACCUACAAGGUCGUCACCCUCAACCUGCGUGACCUCACCAAGCUGCAGCCGCAAGUGGAAGUCGAGGCAGCAGGGCCGCAGCCGCUGCCUGAAAGCAUCGGCCAGGCAGCGGCAGGCACUGUGGCGCCAGCCAUGCCGCUGGCUGAUCGGCCCGCCAGCAGCUCCGCCAGCCAGGGCCUUGCUGUCAGCCCGCACAGCAACAGCAGCAGGCUGCUGCGCUGGCUCACUGGAUCUGCAGGCAGGCGCGGCGUGCUGGAUAGCAGCAGCGCGGCGCCAGCCGGUGGCGCCAGCAUCCUCGUGCCAGCCAGCAGCAGGGAUGGCAUUCCCCCUCGCAUGGCCAAGGCUUCGGUGGCACCGCCCUCCUCCCAGCUGCACCCUGCUGCCUCCCUGCCAGACAGCCUGACGGCUGAGCCAGACCAGGCGCCAUCCAUGGGUGUGACGCUCAUUGUGCAGGAGCUGUGCAGUCGCAGCGUGGAGGACUGCAUGCGGGAUGGCAGGGUGCUGUACGCGGAGGACGGCAGCCCGGACCAGGCAAGCUUCGUCGCCAUUGUGCGCAUGCUGAUUGAUGCGGCCCAGGGCCUGGACUACCUCUCUGUUGCUGGCAUCGUGCACGGCGACGUCAAGGCCGCGAACGUGCUUCUGAGCGCCGCGGGGUGGACCAAGCGGGGCUGGCAGGCCAAGAUCGCCGACCUGGGCCUGUCCCGCAUGCUGCCGCCGGACGCGGCAGCACCCCUGCGGCGGCGGCAGCGGCAGCAAGCCGUGGACCCAAACGCCGUGCCGCCGCCGCCGCAGGCAGCACCCCUGCGACGGCGGCGGCAGCAAGCCGUGGACCGAAACUCCGUGCCGCCGAGUCCCGUGGCUGUGGCCACCUCCAUGUCGGCCUCUGCCGAGGUGGGCACUGCGGCCUACAUGGCCCCAGAGGUGUUUGCUGGCCGCCUCACCAAAGCCUCUGACGUCUUCUCCUUUGGGAUUCUGAUGUAUGAGGUUUGGAUGCGCCGCCGGGCCUGGCCGGGCCUGCCGCUGGCCAAGCUCAUCUUUGCUGUGGUGUCGCAGCACAGCCGCCCGCCGGUACCGCCAGGUUGCCCGGAUGGCUAUGCUGCCCUCAUGCAGCAGUGCUGGGCAGACGCCCCUGAAGAAAGGCCCACCUUUGAAGGCUUGCUCCAGUCCCUGCAGUCCCUGCUGAAGCAGCUGCUACAGGAGGGCGCGCCAGACACCGCAGGGCGCAGGGUGCAGCUGGAUCGCCCUCCAUUUGCUGGCAGCCUGCUUUGA